AGGUGCAAAAGUUGCAAAAGUGCCCUCCCGCCCCCACGUCCUUAAAUUUUUCUGUAUGUGACCCUCGGUGGGAAAAGUUUAGACAGCCCUGGUCUCGCUAGACACUUCCUGCUAGAAGGAGUGCAAAUCAAGGGCAUGCUUACUGACAUUGUUUAUAGGUAUAAGGCUCAGUGGACCAAAUUAAGCAAGUCCAUGGCUUAAGAGGAUUAAGGGGAUGCGAUUUACGCAGCCAGCAGUUGUCUGCGGCAGCAGGCGCAUAGCAACAGGUCGGCCACACUGGCUGUCACACUAGCGUUCAGCGGCGACUGGGAAAAAAAGCGACCCAUUUGACAGAAAUGGGAUUGCGACAUCCCCUUCCGACCUCAUGUUUUUCGGCUGGUUUCCUCAUGUCGUUCAACUGAGCCUCAGCCUAAGAUGGCCACCAUGUGAGGAGAACAUGCUACACCACCAUGGCAUGUAUGAUGUGGAGUGUGUUCACAUGGACUUUCAAAGGGAUACUGUGCACCUGCAGGUUCCUUUGGGUUCUGAAAGCAAGAUGGUCGCCGCCAUACCGGGCUGCCCUGACCGCACUUCAGCCCUUCAGAAGCGACUGACCAAGACCGAGCAAGACAUCCUAUCGCUCAAAACCAGGAUCGCUUACGAGAGAGCAUCGUGGGAAAGGAGGUUUGCGGAGCUGCAAAGGAAACAGGAAGAGCUUUGCAAUCAGGUCAUCUUUGACACCGGAGCACUGAUGAGAGCGCAGCCAAUAGUGGACAAUGGAGACAUAUUGGAGGACUCUUCCAGCAAAUCCUUCAGUGUCUCUCGGCUGAUGCUCCCUGACAGAGGGUCUGAUGUUGCAUCACGGGGAAGCCACUUAUCUUUGUCAUCAGCAUCAAGCCCCACCUCAUCCUGCUCUUCAGAAUCAAGUGUGAGAUCAGGAAGAUCUUCAGGGCCGCACCGGGUUUUCGUCCCCCACUCACCCAUGGAUCUGCAGCUGGGUCACCGGGUCAGAAUCAUGCUGCCUUCCGGGCGAAUCAGCACAGGUAGCGUUCGCUUCCUGGGUCACCUGCAGGGGGAGUCAGAGCUCCACAUCGGGGUGGAGCUGCAGGCGCCUGAUCACGGCGUGCGGGACGGCCACCAUAAGGGACACUGCUACUUUGACUGCAAACCCGGCCAUGGUGCCUUCGUACCUUUCCACAAGCUACUGAUGGCCUGGGAAUGACACUGAAACAGCGUGUGGAGACACCCCCGGACAGAGCAGUACUGAUUUAUUUGAAAAGCAAUACAGCUUGAAUUGAAAUCAAUCAUCAACCUCACCAUUUUUGCAAUUAAAAACUACAAACCAAUAUAGAGUAAGAAGUUGCAAAAGGGAUUGUGUGAGGCUUUGGAAGUGAAACGUUUGUGCUCCCACAAUAAUAUCUUUAUAUCUUCAAAACCGGUUGGGCAUGGAAGGCAUUUUUGUUUUGCCUUGAAUGACAUAUUAAAGAUUUUAGUCUGAAGAAGAUAUGAUGUGUUUCCGAGUCUUUUGAAAGCCAACAAUCUCAGGCAAGGUAACAAACUGAAACUAUACUAUGAUCAUGUCAACAAUAAAAUGGCUGCAAAUGCUGAGUAAAGGUGGGAAUGUGUUUGAAUUAUUUAUAUUUUAUAUUUAUUUAUGUAUAUAUUAUCCCAAAAUUUCCCUCUGCUGUAUGUAUAUUUAAGUGUAAUUAACAGCCAGACUGGACCUAUGUUUUACUAACCAAAAAGUCCUAUGAGCAACGGAAGCAUCAGACUGGGUACUUAGGACCCACAUUCAUUCAUUAAAUAUAAUAUUCUCAUAUAUAUUUCCCUACUGUAAAUGCGUCAGUUAACGCCUGUAUCCAAAUAACCACUGAGUCUCCUAUAUUUGUCGGGUGCGUGGUCUACAAAAGCAAAUGAAUUGACCCCACAAGAUGGAAGUAGCUGCAUUUUUAGCAUCCAGUACCUUUGUCUACCUCUGCAUGCGCUUUAAACAUGUUGGUGUGAAAACUCAUGCGUGUUACACUCGCCGCACUGUUGUUUACAACGAACUCAUCAGCUGUAUUAACGCCGGCUAAGCAGUUUGCUCCUUACCGCGAUUGGCAACAACAUUGGCUCUGUUGCUGCUGUGUUGUGCAAUAUACUUGUUAAUAAAUGACCAUGUGGUCAAAGAACGCAAGGGUUUCCCUUUCAUCUUUCUCAUGCACUCCAAAUCAUUAUCAAAGUUUUUAAAAAUGACUUGCUAUCGAGAAUGAGUUUUCACAUUCAACAGGCUCUCUGCAGGUUUGCUUUUAAAUAACGCCCCACCCUCUUUGCGGUUUAGGGAAAAUACACACCCUGGCUAUAAUUACAACAUUUACGGUAAUUACUGUGAAGUCAUCAGUGAUUUGAUGAGGCUUGCAUCAGAGCAGCAGGCUAAGACAUUGCAACACAAGUAUUUGUAUGCAAAUAAAUUACAGACAUGUAACUUGUUUCGUACGUUGUUUUGUACAUAGAGACCAUUUUUAAAAUUUCCGAUUGCAUUUCACAUAGGGCCCAGUCUCCUUUUAUACUCACUGUAAACACUAUUAGGACGAUCUGCUGAAUGAAUUCACACAUAUUGCACAACUGUGGCAGUUCGUUUUUUCUGGCCUGCGGCACAUUCAUUUAAAAAUAAUAUCAAACACAGCCUGCAUCAGAAAAUUACGAAGUAUGAUUAAGGGACAUGCUGAGAAAAAAAAAACUAUUAACAAGUUAUGAGAAAUGUUCUGUAAAAAUGUGACUGUAUUAUGUCUGCAUAAUAUUUAUUAAAGUGUUCAGGAAUCAGCAAUUAAUUCAUUAAAAUUGAAAAAAUUAAAAAAUAAUUGAGAAACAUGUAAUGGCCUGUAUAAUUUUUUA